AUGGGAAUACUCGUCAGUUUACAGGAAAUUGAAGAUGGAACUUUAAAAAUAAAAGAUGUUUCUGAAAAGGACCUAGAUUUGGCUAUUAUUCGACAAAACAUAAUGGAAAGUUUAAAUUAUGUACGUAAGACACUCAAAGCAGGUGGACAAAAACGAAAAAGAAAAGUGAUUACUUUAGAAAAAAAAUUGGAGAUAAUUAAACAACUCGAAAAAGGUGCAACUGCCGUUUCUUUGAGUAAAAUUUACAAUGUUCUGCGAACUACUAUAAGUGACUUAAAGAAACGCACAAACGAAAUUGUGCAAAGUGAAGGAAUUCCACUUUCUGGACCAAUUGUGUCUGCAAAAGCAUUAUUUUUUAAUGAAGAAUUAAAUGGCGAUGCCAAUUUUAAAGCGACCAAUGGUUGGUUAGAAAAGUUCAAAAAUCGUCACGGUAUACGUGAAUUAAACAUUGAAGAAGAAAAAAUGAGUGCUGCCAGUGUCGAAAUCGUUAAUGAUUUCAAAGUGAAGUUCCAAAAAAUAAUCGAUGAAAAUGGUUUUACACGCGACCAGGUAUACAACGCGGAUGAAACUGGUUUGAAUUAUAAAGCAUUGCCAACGAAAACACUUGCUCCCAUCUGUGAAAAAUAUGCGCCAGGAUUUAAAAUGCAGAAACAAAGAAUCACAGCAUUGGUGUGUGCUAACGCAAGCGGGAAAAAUCAAAUCCCCUUGCUAUUGAUUGGUAAAUCAAAACGUCCACGUUGUUUUAAAGGGUUAAACAUGAAUGCACUCCCAUGCACGUAUGCAGCACAAAAGAACGCGUGGAUGUCACAAGAAAUAUUUAAGCAAUGGUUUAAUAUGGUGUUCGUGCCAAAUGUGCAGAAAGAUUUGAAGUCAAAAAAUUUGCCACCAAAAGCAAUUUUGGUUUUAGACAAUGCACCAAGCCACCCUGAAGCCAGUUCACUGACAAGUGAUGAUGGAAAUAUCACGUGCUACUUUUUACCUGCAAAUACAACAUCAUUGAUUCAACCAAUGGAUCAAUCCGUUAUCGAGACAUUUAAACAAUACUGGAAAGCAUACAAUUUGAAACAUGUCAUCGAUAAUUCUUCGGAUGCUUGGGCUGAAGUUUCCGAAGAAACACUCAAAAGAUGUUCGAAUAAAUUGUGGCCUAAAUCAUCUGACGAGUUUCAAGAGAACAUUGUCUCUGAAAGUGAUAAUGUGACAAAUGACAUUUUAACUGAAUCAGUUGAUAUUUUUUCACUCAAUGAAGAUGAAGUUCGCGAAUAUGUGGUUGAAACAGACGCUGACUUAGAAGGUGACACAAAUAUCGAAUAUGAUGGCAGUGACAAGACCGAAAACAGAGUAAAUACAAAAGAUUUUCGCAAAGAAGCAAAAGAAGUAUGUUCUAAUAUGCAAAAAUUUAUUGAAUGGUACGAGCAGCAAGACGACGAAAACGUUAUGGACAAUAUGAUUCUUCGUCGUCUACGCACAUAUGCAACAAAUAAAUCACAAAUCCUCUUAGUAGAAUUUCUAUAUAAUUCAAGUGAAAAUGAAGUUGCAGGCGAAGAACUAUUGCAAGAAAGAGAAGAUCCUCCCUUUGAAGCGAUGGAAAUAUCUUCAGAAUCGGAUUACGUUGCAAGUGAAGAUGAAGUUGCAGGAGAAGAACCUUUACAAGAAGGCAGAGAAAUAGCAAAUGCACAUCGCUUGGUUGUAGAAGUUAACCCAGUUGCAGGUGCAGAAAGACCACUUUUUCAGGGUUUUGAAAACAAUAUUAGAUUGCAUCGUAUUUUGCAACAUCAUAACGAACUGCAUGCUAUAGACCAUUUCGUUAAAACUGUAGCCGAUAAUGUGUGUUAUGCACGUUAUGCAAGGAAAAAGUUGGGGACGGAAGAAACGCCACACGAUUAUGCACAUGUCGUUCAAAUGGACCUGGUUUGA